ACAAGUAUGAUGCACACGUGAAACAUGGACGACGACGAACGAGAAUGCCAUUCUCCGAUUUUAAACCAUUGAAUUGUUGUUAACAGCUAACAUUUUAAACAAGCCAGCACAGUACUGCUACGAUGGCAGAUGAAGAACCGACUCCUCCAACCGAUUUAACAAGAGAUGAUGGACCUCCAGAGAGUGGUGCUGGUCCCAAGGAGAUAUUAAUUCCUGAAGAGGAGGGCUGUUCAGAGAGUAGCUCUAGUUCUACAGAGGCCACUGAAGAUGACGGACUUACAGAGAGCAACUUUGGUCAUAUGGAAGCAGUAGUUCUUGAAGAUGAAAAGGAAGAAGAGCCCUCUGUGGUUGAAGAUAGUGAGAAGCCACAAGAUGUAGACCCUUCACUGGAUGUUGAAGGCGCUGCAGGGGUUACAGAAAAGAUGGAGGAUGACGAGGACGUGGAAGACUCGCUGUCAAGCGAUGACAUGGAUAUGUUGCUCAUUGCAGAUGAUUCUGACUCUAGCGAUGAAGAUACAGAUGCCUUGCUGGGGGGAAGUCUGGACAAAGAGGGUUCUUCAAUUGGAGACAGUUUAGAAAAAGAUGGUCCUUUGAUGGUGGAAAUUCCAGAGGAGGAUGAGGAUAGUUCCAAAGAUGGUCAGACCAGUAUGGAGGUCGGUGAUGAGGGUGAUUUGGAAUAUAACGUGAAGAUCACGCGAGUAGGUGGAGGUGACUUUGAGGGUUUUGAGAUCAUUCAUGAACCGGUUAGUAAGAGUCAUGUAAAAAGUCCGGCAAGAGGGAGUCCAGCAGAUGACAAUACAUCACCUGUGGAGGGAAAGACAAGCAAAAAAGGCAUUGCAUCUCAAGAGGAAGCUACACCAUGUAGUAGCAGUUCUGCCAACAAAGAAACAAAGGAUAGAAUGGAAAGGGAGGGGUCUAAGACAAAAGCGGAGGAAACCCGGUUCAGCAUUCCUCCAUCUGAGAGUGCCCGGUCAUCAAGUGCAUCAAGUGACAGUCAGAGGACGAUACCUUUGGACGUUGAGCCAAGUGACCGUAGCAUGAGGCGGCCAUGUUCGCCGACCUCCUCCCGGUCAAGCGAAAACAAGUCCAGCGUCAGGCUCCCAUCAUCCCCGUUUUCCAGCGAUUACAAACCGUCAACCCCAGGGACGCUUUCUAGUCGUAGCAGCACCACAGGGAGCUUUGACGAGAGUGGAAGGUUCGCAGGGGAUUCUACCAAUAGCACUAAGCUGCGUGCCAUGCGUAACUCGACUCGAGAGCGGAGAGAGAACAGGGAGGAACGCGAGAGGCGGGAUAAACUGUCCAAGAGUGAGAGGAGUCGAGAGCUAAGCAGGAGCAAGUCGCAUGUGGACAAGAGGAACCUUAGCAAUCCGAAAGGUGCUCCCGUGGAGGGCAAACCCUCGCCCCCUAAACUCAGAAGCAAGAUGACUAGAAUAGGCUUUGAUUUUGAACCUGGUUUCAAGCUGGAGGCAAUGGACUACAAGAAUAAUUGGUAUCCAGCCAAGAUCCUACAGGUCGAUGAGAAGGGCAAUCAGAUACAGAUCCAUUUUGAAGGCUGGAACUCACGCUAUGACGAAUGGGUCCAUUACAACACCCCUAAGCUCCGCCCACUCGUCCGGAUGUCCAAUCGCAAGGAUGGAUUUAAGGAGACUCCUGCUGGGAAUCAUAAGAUUGGUGAUGAGGUGUUGGCCCGAUGGUCCGAUUGUCGCUACUAUCCAGGCAUCAUCGUUGGCAUCAAUGUAUCUGGGAGUUACAGAAUUAUAUUCUACGAUGGAAUUGAGAAAAAUGUCCAGGGUAUAAACGUCAGGUAUAUGCCCGAGGCGCUCAAGAAACAGGAUUUUUUCAGCAACCUUCAGCCUCAGAUAGAGAGAGCACAGCGCAAUGCUGCACAGAGAAAAGCAAACAGAAUGAGGGCAGAAGCAAGGAAAUCACGCCCUCCAUCUUCAGCCUCAUCCAGUACCGGAUCUAGCCCUCCAGAGGAGCGUAAGAGAAAGCUCUCAACUUCCUCGUCUACCACCCCCUCUACUAGUGCUGCAAAUGUCAAAAGGUCAAGGUCUAGCUCAGAGCAUGUUCAAGGGUCAAGUGAAGAGGUCACAAGCAAUCUGGGCGAAGAAGGUCGGAGGUCGAGAAAUGUGAGCGAAGAGGGUCGGAGGUCAAGAAAUCUUAGCGAAGAGGGUCGGAGGUCAAGAAAUCUGAGUGAAGAGGGUCGGAGGUCGAGAAGGAGUACGGAGGAGGUCAAAUCACCAAAGGCUACAGAUGUUGAUCCGAAAAGGUCAAAGUUCGCAAAGCUGUCACCGGAUGCACCUGCACCGGUACCGGCCAGGAAAGGAGGGCACUUUUUGAUGGGAGGUUUCAAGAAGAAAGAGGAAAAGAGAGAGAGGGCCGGUGUCAGGCUUGCUUCAACUGAGCCCACCACUACCCCGAGGUCUAGGCAUGUUGGUAGGCCCUCAGGUAGCCAUCAGGGAAAAGAACUCCGAUCAGCUAGCAGUUCUGCAACUCAAGCUCCUACUGUGCAAGAAAGAACGAGUACUGCCCCUCAAGCAUCUGUAGAGGGCAGCAGUCAAAUUCCAGACAAAAGUAAAGCUCCAGGACCUGUUACAUCGGCUGCAGCAGGAGCAACCCCUACCCCACCAUUGAGAGGUAGACCAGGUCAUGUAAUAAUUCCUCUCGUGGAACACAUCUCAAUGGACGAGCGUCUUGAGGUGGCUAAGAAUCUGGAGAAACUACGAGCUAUCGCUUCAAAGGAACCUUUAUUUGCCAAUACUCAAAUUGGCCACUUGAAGGAUCCAACAAAAUUCAUUGCACCUAAAGAGUUGAUCGUGGACCUGGAUCAUAACAAAUUCAAGUGUGAGGUCUCCGGUUGUACCAAGUCCUUCCGGAAGGCCAGUCUCUUGGAGUCCCACAUGAAGUACUACCACACUGAGCUGGGAGCAGAGUCUGCAGGUCCAGCGUAUGACAAGGAUAAGGACAAGUCUGCAGUCAGGCCAAGGAAAAGGAACUAUUCAGCUACCCAGGCAACCUCGUCAAAAAUUCGAAGGGAUUCUGGAAAUUCCAGCUCAGCAGCCGGCCCAACCUCCCCAUCUUCUCCUCCUGCCAGAUUGGUUGUCAAGCGAUCGUCGGCUCCAGACACUAUCUCCUCCCCCGCCGCCGCAGCAGCGAAGAAACCAGAAACACCUGUCAUGAUGAAAUCACCCCGAUCCCCACCGCCGAUCAAGAGCCCAAAGUCUCCUCCAGCCCAGCUGAUGAAAUCGCCAAAGAGUCCUCCCGCACAGCUGAUGAAGUCACCAAAGUCCCCUCCUCUGGCGGGCCAACUGAUGAAGUCGCCGAAGAGUCCACCGCUCCAGGUCACCAAGAUCCCCAAGUCUUCAUCCGCGACAUCACCCUCUGGCUCCACCAAAGACAUCAAGUCUCUCAAGGAGAUGAAACCUCCCAAGGAGGCCAAAUCACCCAAGGAAACCAGUUCAGCUAAAUCACCAAGGGCACUACAGACGAUGAAGACGGAGAAGAAGGUGAAAGACGAAGAGACGAGCGAGUCGCCGGGAGCAACCGGUAGGGUGAGACACGAGAGUAAGUCGGACAAAAGCUCCAAGGAAGAUAAGAAGGGUUCAUCAAGUGAGGGUGGUGGAGAAACAAGUAAGAAAGAUUUAACAACGAAGGGAGGUCUGUUGAUGACGAGUGAUAUUAAAAAGACUGAGAAGACAUCUCCAUCAUCUUCCAAAUCAACAACAGGGAGCGUCGUCACACCGUCGAUUGUUCCGGUGGUCCGAGCAGACAAGUCCAAGGCUGAAGCAGGAGGUGUCGUGAAGCGGGAGGGCGUGCCAAAGAUGGACAAGCUCAAGCACAAGAAACACAAGGACAAACAUAAAAAGCACAAGGACAAGAAGAAGAAGAAAAAGAAGAAGAAGGAAAAGGAGAAGAAAAAGAAGAAGAAGAAGAGGCAGAAGGAUGGAGGGAAGAUGGGAGUCACCAAGGGGCACAAGUACAAGGAUAUUGAUGAGUACAUCCUGGAGAAAAAGAAGAAGGAAUUCCAAUUUGAAAUGCCUCUCCCUGUAUCCCAGUUCAAGGAGAACUACAGUCGACAUCCUGCCCCCAUCUUGAAGUCUCAGCUCCUGAGGAGUGUGGAGAGGAUAGAUGCAGGUCACGGGAGGGGGGCUGGAGAGGGGGAGAUAGUCAGAUGUAUCUGCUACCGGAAGACGGAGGAAGGCUUCAUGAUCCAGUGUGAACGUUGUCUGUGCUGGCAGCAUAGUAGCUGUGUGGGACUAACCAAGUCUACUGUACCUGACCAGUAUGUCUGUCUCAUCUGCUUCAAUCCACGAGACCAGAGAGUGAGUGCCAAAUACCGAUACGGUCAGACGUGGCUGGACGACGGGAAUCUGGCAUCGUUUUCCUUCGCGCCCAAGGAACAUGUGAAGGAGGCGUCUCAUAAUCUUGCAGCGACCAACCGGCUCAUCGGUGAGAUGCACACCAUCAAUGAGGUGCUACGUGGACUCAGGGAGAAGCUGCAUAUUCUUCAAACUGAUGAUCAUCCAGCCAUGAAACUCUGGGCUAGAUCAUGGAUAAAGCCCAAGGUACCUGAGAAACCAAAACCCAAACCAGCUCCACUUGUCAUACCUAGUCUAGAGUCCAGCCUGAGUCCCACCCUAGACUCUAGCCUAUCAGAGUUCAAAGAUACACUGAGCAUCGAUGGAAGUCUGGAUCCAGAGGCUAGCUUGACGCCACACCAGACAGAGCAGAUUGCUAUCAUCAUGGCCAUGAGCGGUGACCUGGAGAUGGCCACGUUGGCAAACCUAGCGCUUCCCUGCGAGGUCGGGCUUGACUCCUCUGCGUCGUCCAUGAUCGAUGGAAGCCUCCUGAAGGAAGACCAGAACCUAGGGGAUGUGGAGAUGGGUGGGCUGUCCAGUGUAGGGCAAGGAGAAGUAGUAGACGUUGGGAUUGGAGUGCUGUCGAGCGCUGUGGGUGGAAUGGAGGUCAAGAACGCACCAGGACUAACAACAGAAAACAAAGCUCCAACCGUUGCGACACCAGGAAUGGCUGCAGCAUCUGCAGCAUAUGAUGCUGGUAAUGUUGAUGAGAUACCCUUAGCUAACAUUCCAAAGACACCAGUGAUACAGAAGAGCCGAAGUGAAGACUUUGAUCCUCCCACAGUAAAGUUUGUAAUGUCUUCAGGCACUGAAAGGUCACCAGCAAAAGAGCCUGCGAUUGUAGACAUCAGUGACAUUCCAUCGACAUCAGCUGGCCCCAGCCAGGAGCAGCUGGAGGCAGCCGGUAUGAUGCGGUUUCAGCCGCUCACUCACAGUGGCAGGAGAGAAGAGACACGCAGACCACCAAGCCCCCUGCCUCAGGAUGAAAGCAGUCUAGAUACAGAGAGUUCAAUGGAAGUGGAUAUAGAAGAUGCAAAGCCUGAUCAAAGCAAGGAAGUGUUAAUAAGCAGGACUGCAGAAGCAGAAACUAAGGAGGACGUAGAGAGUAUGGAUAAUUUGCAAGAACCUGAAAGUGGUCCAUCAGCUUCUAUAAAGCCCAAGUCUCAGACUCAGUUGGACACUGUUCCUAUCAAGGAGCCUUCAAUCACAAAAUCUCCUGUAGAAGGUGACACCUCAGUAGUACCUGAUCCUCAUAUAGAUGAUGGCUCAGUUGUUCCCAGAGCAAAACCUGAAGGAAUCAGUCAUCAAUCAACACAAAGUGAGACUGCUCCAGAAUUAGUUGCUACAAAUGAACAAGAUGAUGGGAAACAGAAAGAAGAGGCCAGUUCAGUGAAUGAAAAUAUUGCUAGUACAGAAACUGACCAGGAGACGGAGAAGGAGGACAGCUCAGCGAAACCAGACAUUGCAUCUCUAGCAGAUGGUAAGGUACCUGAAGAUAUGGCAAUGGAUACCGUGAGUGAUGUGCAAUCAGAAGAUAGUGAGGCAAGAGUUCCAACAGAUCACAUCAAUCCCACCCCUGAUGCCAUGGACGUACGGAAACAUACAGAAAAUGUUAUCACACCUGAUGAUGCACCCCAGGACAUCCCACCUGCAGAGACACAGACUGUUAAAGAUUCUUUGAAAGAAGGGCAAGAUGACACUUUACCCGCUAACUCUGGUCAAGAAUCAGGCAUUCCAUCAAGCACCAGCUCAAGUGUUACACCUUCCACUAUGGAGGGAAUCGAGCCAAGUACGGCAGCAAAUCCAGCUAGUGAUGAUGUGGCUCUUGUUCCUUCAGUCUCCUUUGAUCAGCCCCAUCUUACUCCUGACACCAGUGUUCAAGUAGAUGCAGGGACAGUUACAUCAUCAGAUUCUGUCAACAAAGGAACAGCAAUGACUGGUUCUGUUGAUCCAGGAGGGUUGGUUGUGCCACCGACCGUUGGGCCCGCUGGGGAUGGCCAAGCACCUGUCACACCCGAUGUCGGUGUCCUUGGUCCAGUGGGGAUGAGCGGAGAUGCACCACCAGUCCCAAUGGAGGCAGAAGACCAACCAUCAACAUCAGGUUUCACCAACCAACCAAUCCCAUCUGGAGUGAAUCUGGGUGGGAGUGGUGUGUGGACACCUGUUAAGAACGUGCCAGAGGUGCCAACGCCACCCACUCAGCAGAAGAAGAGUCCAGCCAAGAAGGAGGAGGUGAUAGAGCUCAAGGGGUCACUCCGGAUCAUCAAGGUUCCUCUGAGCGUAUGCAAGAAGAACCUCAAGGAACACAUUGAGCACCUGGAAGCUGAGCUGGACAAGAGGAUGGAUAUCAUAGAGGAGGAGGCUAAUGCCCUUGAGCAGCAGUUUGCAGAGUUACCCGGUUUGAGCCCUGACAUCCGAGGUCUAGCUACCAUGAAUGAUACUUUCCUCAAGACCAAGCUACAAACCCUUCUCGGUGACCUGGAGCGCAUCAGUAACAUUGUAGCAUUGUGAGAAGAAAGGUUCACCUGUCUUUAAUUUCUCUGUUACAGCCUCUUUUAUUUCCUGGCUGUCAUCAAAAUAUAUUUAGUGUGAUUUAGACUGGUACAAAACUCUUCUUGGUGACUUGGAGCGCAUCAGUAACAUUGUAGCAUUGUGAGAAGAAAGGUUCACCUGUCUUUAAUUUCUCUGUUACAGCCUCUUUUAUUUCCUGGCUGUCAUCAGAGUAUAUUUAGUGUGAUUUAGACUGGGACAAACCUCUUCUUGGUGGCUUAGAGCGCAUCAGUAACAUUGUAGCAUUGUGAGAAGAAAGGUUCACCUGUCUUUAAUUUCUCUGUUACAGCCUCUUUUAUUUCCUGGCUGUCAUCAAAAUAUAUUUAGUGUGAUUUAGACUGGUACAAAACUCUUCUUGGUGACUUGGAGCGCAUCAGUAACAUUGUAGCAUUGUGAGAAGAAAGGUUCACCUGUCUUUAAUUUCUCUGUUACAACCUCUUUUAGUUGUUGGUUGUCAUCAAAAGAUAUUCAGUGUGAUUUAGACUGGGACAAACUCUUCUUGAUGACUUGUAGUGCAACUAAGUACAUUAAUAACAUUGUAGCUUUUUUGAGAAGAUGUGUUCACCAGUCUCUAAUUCAUUCUGUCUCUCUAUUCCAUGGGUUUGA